AUGGUCGACCCUAUUCUCCGACUCCUCCUCCUCUUCUCCUUCCUUCCUCUUACAAUCGCCGCUAAUAACCCUCAACCAAAGCUACAAAUAAUUUAUUUUGAAAGCGCUAACAGCUGUCUCGCCUAUUCUACCAUUUUUAGUAACAAUGAGUCUGUUUACAAUACUCUUCAGUACGUGACUUCCCUCCAACCAUCCAUUCUCUCCCCUACCGAAGUUCGUAUCAUCCCUCAAUUUAUUGGCGGUUGCAACAUACGUGAAGAUAAUCGCGGAUACCACCUUCUUGAGUCACUGGCGAACUUAAUAAAGUUGGCUGACAAGUUCAAAUGUUUCACAGUUUUUGUGGGUCCUCCAUUAGCUGGAGAUUGCACCUUCAUUUCUGGUUGGAUGACUCAAACUUCAACGUCAAUUCCUUGGCUGCUGAAGCCACACCAGAUAAAUUAUCUCUGUCCAGCAACAGAUCCGGCUGGGAAACAUAUCGGGGAUUUAUACGCAGGAGAGGAGGAAGCUGUACGAUGGGCUGCAAUAACAAUGACUCUAAAAGUGCAAUCGGUGAUAAAUAUCUUUGAGUCUCUGUUGGGAUUCCAGGGUUGGAAAAGGGUGCUAUUGCUCUAUGAGAUUAGUGCCAAAAUGAUGCCACUAUUCUGGAUGGCAGAUAGGCUUGAUCUGGCAUUUGAUGCAAAAGACCGAGUGGGGACUUCAGCAAAGGUUAUUGCAAUGAGAGGUAUCCAUGUGGACUGCAGCUAUAACCAGUUGGUAAUGGAGUGGGUGGAUCAAAUAGAUGCAAUCAUCAUUCUUGCAAGACCACCGAUUGUCAUCGACCUACUGGAUCAAAUCCAGAAUCUUUCACAGAUCAAAGCAGGUCGCGUUGCUCUCCUACACUUGGAUCCUUCCAAUGUAAUCACAUACGAUGUGCUACGCUCCUGGCGCCUUGAACUCUCCCGAAGGCCUCAAUUGGGUGCUGCGGGUCAGAGCUUGAUAAUAAUCACUGCUUUGCCCUUGGGAAAAGGAUACGACGCAUUUUCCCCUAUACUUCAGUCUAACACGAUGAUAUCUUUUGCCUCCGCAGUCGCCGUAGCACUAAAGAUGGUGCAGCAGUCGUUGCUUGACUACGGGGGUAAAAUUCCUCUCGAUGCGAACUUCUUUGCUCCAAUGAUGUCUAAACACCUUCGCGUUCCUGUGGUACCAGAUGUGGAUUACCACUUUGUGCAAGACGGUGGCUACUUCAACAACUUGUUUGACAUCUACAACUUCCAGUUAAAUACGAGCAAUAUAUACGCUAAGUCAUUCAAGAUUGACACAGCACACUUCUACGAACUCUUUGAACUCGUCUGUGUAAUGCCAGCUCCGGGAUCAUUUAUCUACGAGGUCCAACCCAAAAAGUGGCCAGGUGAUGGCAAAGGUCCCGCUGUUGACAUUUGCCUCCAAUCAGAUUGCCUUGAAGAAACACUUGUCAACAUCCUGGUUCUGCUACUUUUGAUGGCAGGAGCAGCCGGCAUGAUUACAGUAGUCGUUUUCUUAUUUUUUAGGCGCCACUACCGCUCUGUGAAACUGCGAAUGGGUUCAAACAAACUUGUUCUCUAUCCCGACGAUGUUACUUUUCUCGGAUCGCAAAAUAUUCAUCGGUGCUCUUACGCUGAGAUUUCCGUUAGUCAGAUAUUUCCUCCUAGUGCACUAAGCAGUCAGCAUGCGGAGGCAUCUGCAGACAGCGAGACAGACGCGGGCGAGGAGGCCUCUUCAAUCUCUGGCGCUGAACCGCGUCAUACUUUUAAAAGAGUCGCGAUUUUUAAUGGAACAUUUUUGCACAUCAAGCAGCUGGGUCUGCCAUCAAUCACUCUGAAAGCAAAAAUGGUGGAGUAUCUGCGGAGUCUGCGAGAACUCCGUCAUGAAAACCUCAACCUCUUCAUUGGCUGUUAUGUCGAUGCUGAUUCCUUCAGCUUUGUCUACGAGGAAUGCAGUCGAGGCAGCUUAAGGUCGGUUUUGUCCAGCAAAUCAAUCAAUCUUGAUUGGGAAUUCAAGCUGUCGCUAGUCACUGAUUUAAUUCGACUCUCAUUCGCCCUCAAUGGUUCCACUCCACAGGGCAUGGCCCACCUCCACAAAAGUGAUCUCGCUAUUCACGGAUGCCUGACCUCUGAGACUUGUGUAAUUGACAACCGAUGGGUGCUCAAGGUCACGGAUUAUGGACUACAGAAGAUCUAUUCUAUGUACAACCACUUUCCGACUAGAACUCCCGCUGAAAAGCUCUAUCUAGCACCAGAAAUGCUGCGCAACUCCUUAGCCGCCGAGGUUGGCAGUCAGGAGGCGGAUGUGUACGCGGCAAGUGUGGUGAUGCAUGAGACCUUCUCUUGUACCCCGCCGUUUGGUAUAGAUCCCAACGAUAAUGAGGCUGUUGAGGCCGCGCUUCAACGAAUCCAACGAAAUGAUGAUUCUUUGCCAACUUACCGACCCAGUUUUAUAGAUGUGGAUGUGCCUGCAGCCUACAUGGGCAUGGUACAGCUCUCGUGGUCGGAGAAUCCCAAGCUGCGACCAACAUUUUGCGAGUUAGAAGCCCAACUUAACCAACUUUCCAAGGGCAGCAACUCCAACAUCGUUGAUCACAUGCUCCAAAUUAUGGAGAAGUACUCGGCCAACCUUGAGAGUCUGGUGAAUCAACGCACAGAAGAGUUACAAGUGGAAAAGCAAAAGACAGAAAUGCUUAUCGCCAAAAUGCUUCCUCCGUCUGUUGCUCAGGCACUUCUAUCUGGUACACCAGUGGAUCCUGAGGCCUUCUCUGAGGUGACCAUAUCCUUUAGUGACAUUGUUGGAUUCACCACAAUCUCAGCCAAGUCCUCACCUCUACAAAUUGUCAAUUUACUCAAUGACCUCUACACAGCCUUUGAUGAUAUGAUUCAGACAUUUGAUGUUUACAAGGUUGAAACCAUCGGUGACGCCUACAUGGUCGCGUCUGGUCUGCCCAUUCGAAAUGGACGCAAACACGCCGGUGAAAUUGCAACAAUGGCCCUGGAACUGAUUAGCAUUAGCGGAUCCUUUCACAUCCCCCACAUGCCGGGAGUCCCCCUUUAUCUGCGGCUUGGAAUCAACUCAGGUCCCUGUGUAGCCGGCGUAAUUGGUUUGACAAUGCCACGCUACUGUCUCUUUGGUGAUACAGUCAAUACGGCUUCAAGGAUGGAAUCCACCAGCACAGCAUUUCGUAUCCACGUGAGUUCCCCAGCCAAGGCCAUUUUGGAUGAGCUUGGUGGCUACCACUUGGAGCACAGGGGAAAGGUUUUUCUCCGAGGUAAAGGCGAGGUCGACUCCUAUUGGUUGGUUGGAAAAGAUGGCUUUAAUAAGGAUUUACCGAAGCCACCCGAUGGUGAUGCAUUGGCUCAUCUAAAUGCGAUGAUAACGAAGGUACCCCAGGAGGCCAAAACUGAACCUGCAACCAAUCAGAACCACUCUUUACUACUCGAAAACCUGGGCAGCAGAAGAUGCGGAGGCGAAAUGGAACGGAGUAAACGACGAAACCGGCAUGACCGUCAUAAACACCACCACCAAAAGCACCAAUCUGCAACCUCUGAGGCGACUGCUAAGACCUGA